GGCUGUUAGCACUAGCAAGUCUCGGGCACUGACCGAAAACGAGCCUUAAUGUUAGCGCUCCCGUUGUAAUUGUUUAUAUCUUGCGUCGCGCGACGUGUGCGUAUAAACAAAGGAUCGCGAAUAAACGGAAAUAUAUUUCUUCCUCCAUCAUUUAUCGCGCGCGGUGUGUGUUUUGCGUAUGGCUAGUUAGCUUCGGUUGCUAUUUCCAUGGUUUGACACGAAAUAGAGCAUGUUUAAUUAGGCGUUGUAUUAAAAUAUUAAUUAUAUGUGACGGGAAGCAGCCUCAGAUGAGGAUUUCAGACUGAACCUGUCAUAUACAUAAAUAUGCACAAGAACUGGAGUGCGGGACACAUAUGGCUGUGUAUGAUGAGGACGUCCUGAAGAACCCUUUUUACCAGGCCCUGGAGAAACACAGACCGGAUCUGUGCAGCAGGGUGGCGGAGCUCCGUGGCGUCAUUCUGGUGCCGUGUUGUGGAAGUUUGCCAGCGGGCUCUUUUACUGCAUCUCAGUUCGAUGGAUACGCGCUUCAGCCUGCCGAACAGGGCUACCAGACGCUAGACGGAAAGGAAGUGUCCAUAGACAAUAACCAGGUCCGGCUGGGCGCAGGGUUCCCCAAUCCCGCCUCCAUCCCCGUCCUGUUUGAAGAGACGUUCUACAACGAGAAGGAGCAGGCCUACAGCAUACUGUGCAUCGCACGGCCCUUUGACGCCGAACACAGCCCUGACGAGUUGAGCACCGUUUCUGCUCCGUACUGUCUGAAGAACAUCGAGGAUGUGAGGGAAUUCUUGGGCCGCCACGCUGAAAAACUGGACAAGUUCGUGGCCGCCUUUUGCCACUCCUUUAAGGAACAAGAGAGGAAGGGCCUUCGACAUCAAAUAGACUCUGUAAAUACCCUUUACACAAAAUGUCUUCAGUUGCUGUUGAGAGACUCUCGUCUGAAGAUUUUGGCGAGACAGGAGAUACAGAUGACCCUGCUCAAACAAGCAGUGGAGAUGUACAUCCAUCAUGGCAUCCACGAGCUACUCUUUAGUUACGUGGGGACCCUUGAAGCGAGCCGGGACGCGGCGUUCAACAAAACGACACGCUCCUUACAGGACCUGCAGCAGAAAGAGCUCGGCGUGAAGUCGGAGUUCAGCAUUAAUAUUCCUCGUGCUAAGCGGGAGUUGAGUCAGCUGAACAGUUGUACGUCUCCUCAGCAGAAACUGCUCUGCGUGAGGAAGGUUAUUUUAACCAUCAUGCAGUCAACCAGACGGCGAGAUACAGCAGUGAGCAUCGAGGCCAUGUGUGCCGACGAUCUCCUGUUAGUCAUUCUCUACCUGCUUAUCAAGACGGAAAUCCCUAACUGGAUGGCGAAUCUGAGCUACAUCAAGAACUUCCGCUUCCGUAAGUCGAGCAAGGAUGAGCUGAGUUACUGCCUCACCUCGUUCGAGGCCGCCGUGGAGUACAUCAGUCAGGGAAACCUGACCCAGAGCGCUCUGGGGUCGGGAGAUCGACUGUCCUUCAGACAGAAGGUGGACCUGCUGUCCCAGAAUGCUACACCUAUAGACCAGCUGUUUGAGCACAUUUUGAGUGGAAACGAGGCUGAGGUGAAGCGUUUGCUGAGCGAGAGUGAGAACGAGGAGGACGGGAGGAAGUUAUGUCAUCCGCUGUGUUCCUGUGACGCCUGCGACCGACACAUCUCAGGGAGGUUAAACGACCCAUCCAUAGUCACUCCAUUCUCUCGGGAUGACCGAGGCUAUACUCCUCUACACGUUGCUGCUAUUUGUGGUCAGUCCCUGCUGAUUGAUGUGCUGGUGUCAAAGGGAGCUGUGGUGAACGCCACUGAUUAUCAUGCCCUCACACCGCUGCACCUCUCCUGCCAGAAGGGCUUCCAGGGGGUCACGCUGCUGCUGUUGCAUUAUAAGGCAAACACGGAUGCUCAGGAUAACAAUGGAAACACCCCUCUACACCUGGCCUGCAUGUACGGGCAUGAAGACUGUGUGAAGGCGCUGCUGUACUUCGACCUGCACUCCUGCCGGCUGAACGUUCAGAACGAUAAGGGAGACACGCCGCUGCACAUCGCCGCUCGCUGGGGUUACGAGGGCAUCAUGGAGGUGCUCCUGGAGAACGGAGCAUCGACCCUCAUCCACAACAAAGCCAAGGAGACUCCUUUACACUGUGCGCUCAACUCCAAGAUUCUGUCGUUGCUGGAGCGGAGACACAAUGACUCCAGUAAAAGAGAAAGUGGAUUCGAGUCUCCGAGCCGCUCCCCUCAGCCGUCUGACUGCAGCAGCAGGCGUUCAUCUAUGUCCAGCAUGUCUUCACUGAGUGUUGAGGCCACGCCGCCAGAGACCGAACGCUCCCGACACAAAGAGGUGGAGAAGUUGUUGAGAGCCGUGGCUGAUGGAGAUGUGCAGAUGGUGCGUUAUCUUUUGGAUUGGCUGGAUGAGGAGCCGGAGGAUGAGGAAGAGUCCGUGCCAGUUAAGACAGAGUUGUGUCAUCCUCUGUGUCAGUGUCCCAGCUGUGAACCCGCACAGAAGAAAGCAGCCCACCUGCAGCCGGACGGUGUUGCUGUGAACAGCAGUGCUGACGGCUUCACUCCGCUCCAUGUGGCGGCGUUGCACGGACACACAGCUUUGGUGUCUCUCUUCACCCGCCACGGUGCCAACAUCAACGCCCGCAACAAUCAGAGCGCCACUCCGCUUCACCUCGCUUGCCAGAACAGCCAAAUACAGGUGGUGUCUGCUCUGCUGGAGUGUAAUGCCAAACUGAACAAGAAAGAUCAGUAUGGAAAUACGCCGCUGAUUCUUGCUUGUCUGAAGGGAAAUCUGGAGAUAGCCACUAUUUUGCUCGAGAGCGGAGCACUUGUGAAUCUGGCUAAUAAUCAUGGGAACACUGGUCUGCACGAGGCUGUGAGAGGAGGGCACGUCCAGCUGGUGGAGCUGCUGCUGCACAGAGGGGCGUUACUGCAUCUGCGCAACAAGAGACAGAGGACCGCCCUCGACUGUGCUCACGAGACCGCUGGCAAGAACACAGAGAUUCAGAGACUCCUUCAGAAAGCCUGUGCAGAUGCCCCGGACGUCCAUCCGGUCAAAACGCACUCCAGAGGAACGGAGGGCAUCGUGGUUCAAAGAGCUAAACGGCAUGAGAGUCCCAGCGCCGGCAGAAAAAAACCAGACCGCACAAAACAAAGCAGGAGUCAGAAGAGGACCGACCGAGCGCUGACCACCAUAGGAGUAUUAGACCAGACGGCGGAGGCCCGGAGCGACCGACGCGGGCUGGCGAGAGGAGAGACGGUGGACUUCAGCGGGACACAGCCGCCCCCCCGGGCCCACAGCCGGAGCCUGAUCCGCUGCCACACCAUCGGCCAGGACCUGAGCCGGCGCUCGCCGCCGGAGGACGACGACGACGGCGGCGGCGACGCACGCUCCACGGGAAGCGAUGCGGACGCGGCCGCCACGGAACUGGACAGCGUCGUGUUGUGAACGGCGGCCUCUCGAGCGACCGCUAGCCGAUCAAACAUCUCGAUCGCGCAAGGACCGUCAUUUGUGUUUCAAGGUUUUUUUUGAACAGUUUUAGAGGUUUUAAGGGUCCGAAAAAAACAGAAAGAGGAACUCGCUUUUGUUAUUCCACUUAAAAAAACGAUGCUCUUAAUUCACAAAAUAGAUAGUCAGCGCGUGUCGACAAAAACAGCGGCGAAACGAGUCGAUAUUUGAGGUGUGCGGAAACUUUCUGCUUUUAUGGCAUGUAGGUUAAAGGGAGACGUUUACAAUAACUACAGAAAGAAUGUUUUUUGGGUUUUUUUUCUUUGUUUUUUUGAGCACUUUUUAGUUUAGUGAAUGUCACAUUAUAAAAAGGGAUACAAUUAUGUAGCGAGAUUUUAGUUUUCCUCACAUUUUUUUUUACUGAACAUCUCUGUAGCCAAUUAGACAUGGGAGAUUUUUCACAGGAUUAGAUGACGUUCUAAUAGUUGGUAGUUGUAUUUCAAUCUUUUUUUUUUAUAUAUAUAUUUCAUUAGUAGAAUUUUUUUAUUUUAUUUUUUUGUGGUAUGAAUUAUAAAGUAUCAACUGUAAAAUAGCACCAAUUAAUUUUUUUUUUUUUUUUAAUAAAAAGCAUACGUGUGAAAGGUUGCUUUUGUGAAAAGUGUAGGUUUAGGAAUAAAUAUGCGUGUAGGGGUCAGCAGGGGGCAGUAUUACGGACCAAGGCUCUGUUUAAAUCGUGCACUUUAUUCCCUUGCUGCUUUUCCGUGUGUUUUAGGAGCCGAGCUCAUGAAACCUGAUUGAUUUGCAUUUUGAGUGGCGGGCGUAGAUGUGUUCUCUGCUGCAGGAGUGCGUUAUUAAUGCUAGGCGGGAAGUCAUUAAAUAUCGUCACACGAAUAGACCGUGAAAUAAAACCGAGCUGGUUUGCGAUUCGAUUUGUCUUUGAAUGUAAUGGUUCUUUGUGGAAAUCUGAAGAACUACAGAGCAAUUAUUUUUGUAUGAUUCCAUGACUUUUUUUGUGUGUGUGUAACAUUGCAUUAAAUGUGCCUUAUUUAAUUUGUGCCAAAAUAAUGUAAUAAAACCACAUGAUAAUAAUAAUAAUAAUACAGAAAUGCAUUAAAGAUUACUGGUGACAUCAACAGGA